AGUACCGCCCUUUGGGAGUUAUUGGACCCCGAUUGGGGGCAGCCAUGCGACAACAAUGUCGCAACAACGCAUUGCCAACGCCGUCGAGGGCCUGAUAGCCCACCUCGUCCCCGCCGAUCCUAGCAACAGCGAACGAACGCAGGAGCGUCAUGAACACUGCUUUCAACUUGUCAACAAUAUUCUCAAUAAUCAGACCUCACCUCCUAUCUCAUCUGAUGUCAACCAUGCCUCGGACUUGAUCAAGCGUAAGCUGAUACAGACGAAUCCCACACAAGCCCUGCGCUUUGCGAAUCUGUAUACUCGCCUGCUUUCGCUACCUGUCCUAGACAAGAAGUGGGCUAUAUUGCACCUCCUUUACCAACUUUCCGAUUCGCCGGACCCCAGCGAACCUCUUCCACUCAGCUCUCUGCAGCGAAGACCAGCGCCUCCACCAAAAGAGAAAGAUAUCGCUCAUAAGCCGCCGGAGAGGGACCAGGCUUCUAGCUCAUCUGCUUCUGCGUCCUUGUCUCGAGGCUCGGAGGAGGAGCUCAACGAUGCCUUCCAACCUGCAGGCCUCAAAAAGUUCCCCCCGGACAAGGCCAGAAGGGGCCCUGCCGAGGAAGCCAGAGUUGCUGCUGCAACAGCUGCUGGUGAGGACAUGGACGUGGACCCAACACCCGCAAGGGAUGUUUCCUUGAAGACUACCCUACUGGCGGAGAACUCCCUGGAGAUUAAUCCAUCAGAACCUGUGCUACUACGGGAUCUGCCCUUUACACUGCAAGGGCUGUCCUCGACUACGCUGCCGUUUUCAUCCAAAUCAAGCCUGAAACUGCCACCUACGUUGCCCGCCCCAAUAAUAUCACUACUACAUCAGUUGGCGGAACCCUCUCUCCUGUACCGGCGGCUCGACUCCUUUGUCAAGUCGCCUGCAAACGGACUGCUCGGUCAAAGCCUACGAUCCGCGAUGACUGGUGAGUUGCGUUCGUAUCUUGGUCUGGUGGCUACACUCGAGGCCCAGAUACGACGUGCUUUGGCCGCACUGGACGAAUCAGCACCUCGACACGGCAUCGGCAAGGCCGGCGUCACUUUGAAGAGGCUAGUAGUUUGGACACGAGAAGCCACCAUGGGCUUACGGCUGCUCUCACUAAUUGCGGAAGAGUCGCGCAAGCACCAUGGCGGACGUCUCAUAUCACUCAUCCACGGAUUUUUGACGUCGCAUGGCGAUCCAACUGUCGGAGCUUUUGCGGAGCGGCUACUCACACAUGUAACCCGCCCCUUUUACGACAUGCUAAGGCAUUGGAUAUACGAUGGCGAGCUCUCAGACCCGUAUCUUGAGUUCUUUGUAAGGGAGCAAGAUCCCAUGGCUGAGAAGCACAAGGAGGCCAAGGUCAAAGGACUCAGCUCAUUAUGGAAUGACAAGUAUGAGGUUGAUGAGUCGAUGGUUCCCGGCAUCAUCAGCGCCGACUUUGCACAAAAGGUGUUUCUCAUUGGCAAGUCGCUCAACUUCAUACGCCACAGCUGCGGUGACUCCCAAUGGGUAGAAGAGUAUAGCAAGGCAGCUUCAAAGGAGUUGCGGUAUGGAGACACAGCUACCUUGGAGGCUUGGAUCGAUGAGGCUUACAAGACGACAAUGAAGCGGUUGAUGCACCUCAUGACUACCAAAUUCCAUCUCUUUGAACACCUCCAGGCCAUGAAGGACUACAUUCUUCUUGGCCAGGGUGACUUUAUUGCUUUACUGAUGGAAUCCCUUGCACCGAACCUUGACCGCCCUGCCGGUGCCCAAUACCGUCACACUCUUACCGCCAAGCUGGAAGAGGCCAUCCGGGGCUCUAAUGCACAAUACGCCAGCCCAGAAGUCCUGCGGCGCCUGGACGCUCGCAUGCUACAGCUGUCGCAGGGCGACAUCGGCUGGGAUUUGUUCACACUCGAGUACAAGAUCGACGCGCCAGUUGACUGCAUCCUGACCGAGUGGCACGGUAGACAAUACCUGAAAAUGUUCAACUUCCUCUGGCGUGUCAAGCGCGUCGAAUUUGCUCUACACUCGGUAUGGCGGAAGAGCACCACAGGCUCGCGCGGCGUCCUGCAGACUAAGGAUCCGGCAGUUGCGCAGACCUGGCGCACCACGCGUGGGACCCUGGCCGAGAUGGUCCAUUGGGCUGGCCAGCUGCAGUACUACAUCCUGUUUGAGGUUAUCGAGGCCUCAUGGGGCCAGCUCCAGAAGGCGCUGAAAAAAGAGGACGCCACGCUCGACGAUCUGAUCGACGCCCACACCACGUACCUGGACACCAUCACCCAAAAGGGCCUUCUCGGCGCUAAGCGCAAGACCGCGACCAGUGCCCCCGCCGAUGCAGGCGCGGCUGACGAGGAGCGCUCUGUACCCAUGAACCAGAUCGCCGACAUCUUGCGCAACAUCCUAUCUUACCGCGACAGCGUCGACGGCCUCUACUCUUGGGCCGUGUCGGACUUCACCUCGCGCCAGAACGACGCCAUCACAGCAGCUGCCGCCCACGAGGACACCGAGAUGGGCGGCACCGCCGCCAGCGGCAAUAACCCACUGGGAUUUGCCUCAGCCGCUGCCUCCGAGUUCCCUGCUUUGCAGGAGCGCCUGCGCGUCUUGGGAGCCGACUUCCGCAAGCGUGUCCAGAGGUUACUAGGCGACCUGGCAUACACCUCGGAGCACGAGACGCGCUUCCUGGGCCUGGCCAUGAAUUUCAACGACGUCUACCAGCCAAUGCUCAGGGCCAGACACAAGCCUGGCGGCAGCGGCAGGGCUGCUGCUGCCGCUGCCGCCUCGGCCGUCUCCACUACGGGGUCUGUGAGGGGCGAGCGUGCUGCAGAGUGA